CUAGAUGUCUAGAUCAUAACCUCAAUUUUCUAAACAUAACCACAUUUUCCAAAGUUAUUUACUCUCAUAAAAACAACACGUGUUUAUGUAUUUUAUUGUUAUAAUUGUAUAACAAUCCAUAAACGCAAUGAAGUUUGCAUAUAAAUUUAGCAACUUGUUGGGAACAGUGUACAGAAAAGGUGAUUUAAUAUUUACCCCUGAUGGAAACUCUGUCAUAAGUACCGUGGGUAAUAGAAUUACUAUAUUUGAUUUAAAAAAUCACAAAUCGAACACAUUACCUGUUGAAAGUCGAUUUAAUUACAAUGCAUUGGAUUUAAGUCCCAACGGUUGCACAUUAAUAGCAAUAAAUGAAGAAGGUGAAGCUCAUAUGAUAAGCUUAAUAUCACAAACUAUCAUCCACAAAUAUCGUUUUAAAAGAAAAGUAAGGGUGGUAAAAUUUAGUCCUGAUGGUAAACAUUUUGCUGUGUGCAAGGAAAGUAAUGUUUUUGUGUUUAAAGCACCUGGUCCAUUUUCUGGGGAUUACAAUUCUUUCAUAAUGGAGCGAGUUUUUCAUGGUGCAUACGAUGAAACUACAUGUUUGGAUUGGUCCUUUGAUUCCAAAAUUCUUGCUGUUGGUUCAAAAGACAUGGCUACAAAACUAUAUCCUCUGGAAAAGUGGGCAAACUUUAGAAUCUGUUCCUUGGGUAGCCACACAGACAGAAUUGUUAGUUGCUUUUUUGAAGAAGGGACUUAUGACAUUACCACAAUAUCAAGAAAUGGUCAAACUUGUUUAUGGGAGUGUAGCAUUAAUCCCAAGGAUUUAGUACCAUUGGAUAAAAUCCCACCAAAAAAGAAGCAAAAAACUGAUGAUGAUGAGGGUGAGGAUGAUAUUGAUACAACAAAAUCAUUGGAAAGGACUGAGGAAGAAGUAACAAAUGCAUUAAAGGAGCUUGAAGUUAGUGAUGAAUCUAAUAAUGAAACCAAUAAAUUGUUCUAUAAAAGAUUGGCGAGGCAUUAUUUGGGUGAUGAACCAAGAAAAGAUGAUAAAAAUGCUGUUUUAACUUCUGCUGCUUAUCAUAGGAAAAGUAAAAUUUUAGUUACAGGUUUUUCAAGUGGUGCAUUCUUUAUUCAUGAACUUCCUGAUAUGAACUUGAUCCACUCUCUCAGCAUAUCAGAGCAAAAAAUAUCAUCAAUAUCAAUAAAUGCAACAGGUGAUUGGAUCGCCCUCGGAUGCAGCGGUUUAGGACAACUUUUAGUAUGGGAAUGGCAAAGUGAAACUUAUGUGAUGAAACAACAGGGCCACUCCAACAACAUGUCCAGCGUUGCCUAUUCACCUGAUGGUCAACUUUUGGCCACGGGCGGAAUGGAUGGCAAAGUUAAACUGUGGAAUGUUUACUCCGGGUUUUGUUUUGUCACGUUUAACGAGCACACAAAUGCCGUUAGCGCGAUAACCUUCAGCCAAAGUAGAAAAUUUGUAGUGUCCGCCUCUUUGGAUGGUACCAUAAGGGCUUAUGAUGUAAUAAGAUACCGCAACUUUAAAACUUUCACAUCCCCCAGACCUGUACAGUUUUCUUGCGUUGCCAUCGAUACAAGCGGCGAGUUUGUAGCCGCAGGUGGUCAUGAUGUUUUCGAAAUUUAUUUGUGGUCAGUUAAAACCGGCAGACUGCUGGAAAUUUUGGCCGGACACGAAGGUCCUGUGUCAUCAGUUUCAUUCACUCAAAUCCCGACGAGCUCGGUUUUGGCCUCGGUCUCGUGGGACAAAACUCUGCGCGUAUGGGACGCGAUAGAGAAAGGUUCCGCGCACGAAACCAUCGAGCUUACCGCCGACGGCAUGUGCGUGGAAUUCAAACCGGACGGCCUGGAAGUGGCCGUCGCCACCCUCGAUGGCAGCAUAUCGGUGUUUAACGUCAAAACCGCCGAACAAGUGAUCAGCAUCGAUGGCCGCAACGAUCUCGGAAGCGGUUUGUCGGAUACGGACCUGGUUACCGCCAAGCAGUCUCUAAAAGCAAAGUCCUUUAAUAGUUUGUGCUAUUCAGCAGAUGGAGAAUGCAUUUUGGCUGGAGGGCAAUCCAAAAAUGUUUGUAUUUAUAACGUAAAGGAAGGAUUAUUGCUUAAAAAAUUUGAAAUUACCCAAAACCGGUCCUUAGAUGCCGUUGAUGACUUUAUUAACCGCAGGAAAGUGACGGAAUUCGGCAACGUUGCCCUAAUAGAGGAACGUGAAGAAAGGGAAGGCGGCAACGUGGCAAUCAAGCUUCCGGGUGUGAAAAAAGGCGACAUGGCAAGUCGCGUGUUUAAACCGGAAGUGAGGGUAUUUUCUUUGAGGUUUUCGCCCACCGGUCAGCAAUGGGUGGCCGCUACCACCGAAGGCUUGAUGAUUUAUUCCUUGUGCACCGGCUUGGUGUUCGAUCCGUGGAAUUUGCAAUUCGGCAUUACGCCGGCAAGUGUAAGAGAUGCUAUUAAUAAAGGAGAUCAUACAAAUGCGCUUAUGAUGUCGAUGAAACUUAACGAAGCCAAUCUCAUCCAGGAAGUCAUAGAAAAUAUACCUGUAAAAGACGUUGAAUUAACAAUUUCAAACUUAAGUGAACAGUAUGUGGAAAGGAUUCUUCUUAUUAUUGCAAGUGCUUUGGACAACUCUAGACACUUGGAAUACUAUUUGUUAUGGGCUCAAAAUUUACUUACUGUACACGGUCCUCGAAUUAAACCACAAAAAAACUUACCCGCACUAUUGGCACUGGAAAAAAGUUUGAUUAGGAAAAACGAACAAAUUUCCAAAAUUUGUGAUUUUAAUAAAUAUACCCUUCAGUAUGUUAUAACCCUAGGAGAAAUUGCAAGCAAAAAAACCAUUAUUAGUACUGAAGAUGAAGAGAUGAAUAUUGAAGAUGAAAGUGAUGAUGAAUUUGUUAAUAAUUACGAUUCAGAUACCUAAAUAAACGUUUUUAUUUCA